AGUGUUGUAAAAAAGAAGCUCUGCCUGUUCCUACUGGAGGACAAGCUACGUGUAAUAUUUGAUUGAAAAUGGCUGAUAGGAAAGCCAAUAACAUCCCCAGCAGCAGCGCAAAUCUGCUGUUUUCAGCGGCUCCGGAGUUCAACUUCAGCCUGCCGUUCAUACCUGUCAGUCAGGCCACCGGCCCCGCGGUUUUAUCCGGAGAUGAUGCCAGUGAAGUUGGAGAAGAAGACAGUUUUCUUGGUCAGACGUCAUCAGCAGCUCCUCAAGCCUCCACGUUCAAUUAUUUUUCCAACACGACUAACAGCAGCGACCCGUUUGCAUCUAUAGGGCAGCAGCCAUGCCCGCCUCCAGCUGCCACCGUCAUUCCAUCAUCAACAGGCCCGUCGCCUGCAUCCACUGCAGCUAGCCUGCCUCUAAACCCACCAAUAUCUCGCAUGAACCCCAUUCAGCAGUAUGGCAGUGUUACUAAUCAAACCCCUAUGAGUACAUACACUCAUCCACCUAAUGCACCGACUCCUCCUCCUCCUACCCAGAGCUCCCAGCAGUCCUAUAAUCCAUACCGUCACACAGCUGCCAGUAGCAAAGCUAGUCCGUACCUCAUGGCUCCUGAAUUACAGCAGCAGCCCCCCAGCCAAACACCCCAGCAUCUAAACCCCUAUUCUCAGGCCACACCUGCUCCCUCGUUCCAGACUCCACCCACAGCGUUCAACAAGCCUCCCCCAACACAGAUUCCACCACCCCCUACAACGGCCAGCAUGACCGGACCAUUAGUCCCUGCCAAUUCAAUGGUGCCAUAUGCAUACAAUGUUUAUGAACCUGUUCAACCUCACUGGUUCUACUGCAAACAAGUGGAGUCAAAGAUGGUCUGGCUUCCCUUUAGUAUUCUGGAUUCCAUUCAGUUGGAAGAAACAUUUAACUCUGUUCAGCCAGAUCCAGAGAAUGUGAUAGUGUGUACGGACGGAGGGCGCUAUGACGUGCAGCUGUAUGACCGCACACGGACUGCCUUGUACUGGGAGGAAGAGCCCACUGAGGUCCGCCGCUGUACCUGGUUCUACAAAGGAGACGCAGACAGCCGCUUCAUCCCUUAUUCAGAAGACUUUAGUGAGAAGCUGGAGGCAGAAUAUAAGAAAGCUGUUACCACUAAUCAGUGGCACCGGCGACUGGAAUUCCCUUCUGGUGAGACCAUCGUAAUGCACAAUCCAAAGGUGAUUGUGCAGUUUCAGCCGUCUGCCAUGCCUGAUGAAUGGGGCACGACACAGGAUGGUCAGACCCGACCUCGGGUCGUCAAGAGGGGUGUGGACGAUGAUCAGGAUGAAGUUCCUGAUGGUGAAAUGCCUCAGGUGGAUCAUCUGGUGUUUAUGGUGCAUGGCAUAGGCCCCGUCUGUGACCUGAGGUUUAGGAGCAUGGUGGAGUGUGUGGAUGACUUCCGCAGCGUGUCCUUGAAGUUGUUGCAGAGUCAUUUCAAGAAGGCCCGUGAUGAUCAUUUGAUUAGUCGUGUGGAGUUUCUGCCUGUGCACUGGCACACAGCUCUGCAUGGUGAUGCCACAGGGGUAGACAGGAGGAUAAAGAAGAUUACUCUGCCCAGCACAGGUCGUUUGCGUCACUUCACUAAUGAAACCCUCUUAGAUGUUCUCUUCUACAACAGCCCAACCUACUGCCAGACCAUUAUGGACACAGUGGCUUUUGAGAUCAACCGCUUACAUGCACUAUUCAUGCAAAGAAACCCAGACUUCAAAGGCAGAGUGUCUGUGGCUGGACACAGCUUGGGCUCUUUGAUACUUUUUGAUCUGCUGUCCAAUCAGAAGACUGGCUCACUUUCAUCAGGUCCAGUGACCAAUGGAAAUGCUCCGCCUAAUGUGAAACAGGUAAGUCCUGUCAUCCAGGCCAAUGAAGUGCCUACUGUAGCAGCUGCUGAGGAAGAGUCUAAAGAGGAAGAGGAGGAGAUUGGCAACCUGUCAUCAGUUCUGGAGAUGUUGGGGUUGUCUGAAUAUCUGAGCACUUUUGAAACUGAGAAGAUAGACGUAGAGUCUCUGCUGAUGUGCACAAUAGAUGAUCUGAAGGAAAUGGCUAUUCCUCUGGGGCCACGUAAAAAACUUGCCAAUUUUGUCAAAGAGAAGUCUGCAAAACAGGCGGCCCGAAAGGCUGUGAAAGAGAAGACCGUAGAAAAAGAGGAACCGAAAGAGACCCAACCUCCCGUUCAGAUGGAACCCACACCAGAUCCUGCCAUCAGCAAACUGCCAGUGGGAAGGACCAUGUCCUCAAUCCAUGUGGAUUACAACUAUUUUGAAAUAGGCACAGGACAGGUGUCGGUGGUAUAUCAUGCUCUUGUCUUUGAACCGGUGAAUUUCUUUGCUCUCGGUUCUCCCAUCGGGAUGUUUCUGACAGUACGUGGGGUGGAGAAAAUCGAAGAGUCCUACCAGCUUCCCACCUGCAAAGGGUUCUUCAAUAUCUACCAUCCACUGGAUCCAGUUGCAUACAGAAUUGAACCCAUGAUCUUACCAGACAUUGAGCUGGAGCCGGUUUUGAUCCCUCAUCAUAAAGGGAGAAAGAGGCUUCAUCUCGAAUUAAAAGAGAGUUUAUCCAGGAUGGGCUCGGACCUAAAGCAAGGCUUCAUCAGCUCUCUGAAGAGUGCUUGGCAGACUCUGAAUGAGUUUGCCCGCGCUCACACCUCGUCCGUUCAACUGCAUGAACAGCUUGCCAUGGUCGCCAGUCAAAUUAAAGCAGAAGAGGAAAAGCAGCAAGGGGAAGAGGAGAAUAAGAUGGUUGAGAGUCCUGAGCCUCAGAAGGAAGAGGAGACACAAAUAAAAGUGGGCAUGCUGAAUGGAGGGAAUCGCAUUGACUACGUCCUGCAAGAGAAACCCAUCGAGAGCUUCAAUGAAUACCUGUUUGCACUCCAAAGUCAUCUGUGUUACUGGGAAUCUGAAGAUACAGCCCUGCUUCUCCUCAAGGAAAUUUACAAGACCAUGAACAUACACCCAGAUCAUUCAGUGCAUUGAUGUAACGGCUCACUAAAACUCCUCAGUCAUCACAAAUCACAUUACUUUGAAGAUAAAAUAAUAUUUUAAACAGUAUUCAACUCUUCAUCUGGGACUCGUUAUUUUAUUUUUUAUUCUUGUAGUCUAUAUUAAAAUACAAGUGUAUUAUUCCAUGUGUCUUAAAUUAAAAGUCAAAUAGUGGAUUUCAAUAUUCGGUAUAAAAUGCCAUUUUUAUAGCUUAAAUUAUAAGAGUUGCGAAUGUUUGAGUGCAAUUGCAAAUGGAAUCAAACGGUAUUAACAGAAAUUUUAUCUAUAGUUAGUGAAGAAAUAACUAUGCUGUGUAAAACCUACAACCAACAAAUCAUAAUAAACUGAACUAUUAUGAGCCAUUUUGUCGAUUUGGCUUGUAAGACCAUGUUACAGUUCUCUUCAAUAUAUUGGGAUAUUUAAGAAUUGAUAUUAGCUGGCACAGAUUUAGCUCCCAAAAUUUAUGACAAAACUGCUGGGAUCAAAUAGCAGGUUUACAUUUC